AUGCUUAAUUCAAACAAAAGAGGAGAAAUUAUCGUAACAAAAGCUGAAACUCUUUUAGAAGAAGAAUCUAUUGGCAGUGACGGCGAUUUUUGGCCAUUAAGCUCUAACGAUGCAAUUUCUUCUCUUGAAAGUAUUUCUACACUCGAAGAUCUCAAAAUUAAGAUUAAUAAUACAACAAUUAGUGGGAAUCAAAUUACUGUGCUGAAAACUGCUUUGAUAUAUCUUGCAUUCUUAACUGGGAAAUGGAAAUGGGAUCGAGAAGGAAGAAUUCUUGAUUUAAUUUAUCCCGCUUCUUUUGGCACUUUAUCAAGUCAACAAAAAUCCAUUGCUUUAAAAACUGUACUUUGCCAGAACCAUAAUAAUAAGGAUGAAGUCAUUCUCUAUCAGCCUAACAGUGGUUAUGUUUUUGGUGGUAAUUUUUUUGGUACGAUUUGUCGUGGCCUUGAUUGUUCAUCUUUUGUGUCUUAUUGCGUGGAUUCUUCUGCAAGAUUGGGUACAUGGCACAUGAAAUUAAUUUAUGAAAAAUUAUUAAAUGAUGAAAACAAAGAUGUCAAUGAUGCAGUUGUGAAAAAGACUUUUUCAGAAUUUGAAGCAAUUGAAAUUCGAGAAAACAUUGACAACAUUAUUCAAAAAGGAGAUAUUGUGAUUUGGAGAGGAUCAUCCGGACAUACCGCAAUCUUUAAAGAAUGGAUUUCUAAAAGUAAGCAGACUUUUUUAGGUAUUGAUAAUAAUCGAAUGGAUGAUAAAAGUAGGGAGGGAAUUGGUUUUACUACAUUUCAAUUAUAUAAAGAUAACAGGAAAACUUUUCAAAUUACCAUAACAAAAUUACAACAAAAUCUAUCAUCAUUAACACCACCUCCUAUUCCUUCCCCAACAAAAGAUCCUUUUUCUCGUUCUCUCGCUCCAUUAGAACCACAACAUCCUUCCAUACCAUCAUAUUUAAAUACUCAAAGACGUGGUUCAAUAACAGAUCCUUCGCUACAUUUAUCGGUUCCAAAUCCUGAAUUAUCAAGGCAAUAUUCACAACCUGAUGUUCAUUUUUCGUCAAAUUCAUCCGAACGUCGUAGUUCUUUGGCAAAUGUAGAUCAAUAUCCUCUCUCGCCAUCAUCCACCUUAUCACGUCCAUCAUCUGUUAAAAGUGAUCAUCAGUUAUUCUCUUCAUUGGAAUCACGUAAACUAAGAGAUUCAACUUUGCCAUCAAUAAGUGCAAGUCCAAGUCCCGUAAGAGAUGGUUUUCCUGGUUCAUUAAUGAAUCCUGCAUUUCAAGCACAACUACAGACAAGACGUCAUUCUAUUGCUGUAGGUGAGGUGGUUUCUCCACUCAAAAGAAAAAGUACAAUCAGCGGAUUACCAUUACCAUCACCCAAUAAUAAUAUUGGUGGUGUAAAACGUAGAGAAUCGAUCGGUGAUCCUGCUAUACAAAGAUUGUCUUUAUAUGAUCGUAGAAAAACGCCUUAUUCACGUUCGCCCGAGCUACGGAUAUCUCAUAAACUUGCUGAACGUAAAAGAAGGAAAGAGAUGAAGGAACUUUUUGAUGAACUUAGAGAUUCAUUACCUGUUGAUAAAAGUUUAAAAACAAGUAAAUGGGAAAUUUUAAGCAAAGGUGAAAGAAUUAAAUAA